GAAUAGCAGCAUCGUUUGCCGCUAACUGUAGGUGUGAUUUUAGUGGUAUUGUGUAUUUUUGUAUGCGUGUGUACCUUCGUGUAGAGGAGAGACGUCAUAAUGCAUUUGGUAAGGUUCCUGAUGAAGUUGGAAGACGAGACUGUGGUGGUGGAAUUGAAGAACGGGACUCUGGUGAACGGGGUUGUUGUCAAUGUGGACGGUACCAUGAACACGCACAUGAAGAACGUGAAGAUGACCAUCAAGAACCGCGACCCGGUGGAGCUGGAGAACCUGGCCAUCCGCGGGAACAACGUGCGGUACAUAAUCCUGCCUGACGAGUUGAACGUGGACCCCUUGCUCGUGGACGACGAGAAGGACCGGGGUCGAGGUCGCGGACGCGGCCGCGGACGUGGUUUCCGCGGGGGCGGGCGGGGCGGUCCUAGGGGGAGGGGGGGAAGAGGCGGCCGUGGCGGCGGCCGUGGUGGUUUCCGAGGCGGGCGGGGUGGCCGAGGCUUUCCGAGAGGCGGCGGAAGAGGCGGCGGCAGGGGCUUCUCGCGGGGACCACCGCGCGGGGGUGAUUGGCGUUACUAAGACACUUGUGGUGCCGCCUUUGUGAUGUUCCAUAAUGAGCAGUGCGGAACGUAAGUUGCCGGCACUCACAGUAUUAGUGACGUCCUGCAAACUUUGGUUCAAAACCACUGUGACUAUUCUAUAGACUUGUUUUAAUGUAUUUUUUUUACCAGUAAUUGUGUAUCUGGAAGCUGUUUCAGAAGUCGUUGUUUGUACUCUAUAGAUUACCCAUUACGAUAUUGGCAAUACCAACGUAAAGGAUUUGCACUAAAUUAAAUAGUGUAAAAUUGCAUUAGUUAAAUUGUACCUGAAGUUAUGUGGAGGGUUAUCAUUUUAUUUUCAAAGUUGUUCUUUAGUGUAAGCCCAAAUACUAAGUCUUAAAUUAAGGAGUUUGAAAAUUAAAAUGUCAAAUUAUCAGAAACCAAUUUGGACAUGUGUAUAACACUUGUUGGAUUGAAUGCUGUUUCUGAUGGACCAAUCGGUAUACAAAUGCAUGUCUAGAAUUUUAUGUUAAGUUUGUGGCAAUUCUGAUUAAGUUAAGAUUCUGCUGAGUGGUAAUAGCAUGAGUUGAUUUGUAAUAUGGAUAGACAAGUAACUGUCACUUAUUAAAUUAUUUUGUUACGGCAGCUUGAAAAGAAUGUUUCAUGAAAGAAAGAAAAAAUAGUGAAUAAAGGGUAAGGCUAUAUUUGGUUAUUGCAGUGUGUAACAAAUAAUUAUUAAUUUUUAAGAGAUUUUUUUUAUCAAUACAGUAUUUUUCAUUGUUAACUAAGAGUGAAUUCCACCAUCUGCACUAACCUGCACUUGGUGUGACUUGUGAAUACCAAGGAAUUGGCUGCAUAAAAUUCGCUAAUUUUUUUUUGUGUGUUUCAGCCACAAUUCUGUUAAGAAUCAAAUCAUUGUUUACAAGAGGGGCACACCUUCAUUUUUUCUAAUGAUUAUGUAAAAAGGCACACCUACCUUUUUUUAAUGAUUAUAUGUUAUGGUCAUUCCACACCAAAACAUGAUGUAUUCAGAUCUUGAUUUUUUUUUUAAUGUGAAAUACACCUAUCCCUCACUUGGCACGUCUUCAGAUUGCGCGGAUUCAUUUAACGCGAUGUUAAUUUUACUGUCCCAGUCUUGAAUAGCAGGUCUGUAAAUUUCAGUUAGUGAGAAAUCUCCACAGGAAAAAAAAAGUCGGGCACGACGCUAUGAAGUCAUUCAAUUUCUGUAAACAACAGAUGUGCCAUGGGAUACAGUUAGCCAAACAAGGGGGGAAGAGAUGCGCGCGCAGGUCUGACUAUGCUAUCGGCUGUUGUAUGUACAUCUGCUAUGGCCAAUUAAAUUGUGGUUAUGGAGUGUAAGGGACCUAAUGUUUUUACGUCCGCGCAUAAUGCUGCCGUGCCGUACCGUUGUCGCCUGGCCACAGACCGAGCCGUGAACUCAGUCCAGCCAGUGGCAGGGAAUUCACUCAAACAAAAGCAACAUCUGCCCAUUCAGCUGCUGGUAAUUGUACGUGUUUGAUCACUCAUAAUGUGUCGUGUUCAAGUAUUUGAGACAAAACUAGAAGUAUUACGGCACGCAGAUUGUCAUGAAGGCCACGCUUAUGUUGGUCGCACUUUAGUUUUAAGCAAGUCAAUUGUGCGCACAAUCGUAUGAAAUAUGGACUCUUAUCAAAUGUUUAUAUAAGUCUGAUGAUGUUGGUUGUAAUAGCUGGAAUAUAUCUGACAUUAGAUACCGGAACAGAAAUAAACAGAUUAUUCACAUGAAAAAGUUGUUAAAUCAAUAUUGCAAUGAAAAAAAUAAUCAUUAGCCUGACAGGAUUGGUGUGAACCAGAUGGUGAUACGCGAAUAAGCACUUUAAUUUUGGAAAAAUUAAAUUGUAAUCCGGACAGUAAAGGAUGGUUUGGAAAGGUACGCAACGUGCAUUGAAGGUCAUGCCCGGAUGGGCAAGUCAGCCAGCCGACUGACGAUAAAGUACAUAACCACGUUUCUUCCAUUAUGCGGUGUCGUAUUUGUCAUACAAAGUGUGAUGGGAGGCAUAUAAAGAUAAAUGGUGUGACAUACAUAGUUAUAGUUGAGUGUUAUUAAAGAUAUUUAUAUUUAUAUUACGUAAAGUAUAUUUCCCUACACAAUUUUGGAACACAUCAAAUAAAGCUUCUUAUGGAAACUAAUGCUUCAAAAUAUGCAAUUUCGAAUAACACAAAAAUUUUUAGGAACGAAUUAGUCGUGCUAAGUGAGGGAUAGGUGUAGUAUUAUUUAGCAGAUAAAAAAUAAAAAGUUUGAUUUUUUUUUCACCUUUGGUUUUUUAGCUAUAAAUGUUUGAAAAAUUAAAAAACUCCAGUUUGUAGGAAAAUUUUGAUAUAAUUAAAAGCAAGUAACUUUAAAAUGGCUUGUAAUAGAAGUAUAAAAUUUGUACCAUUCUCUUUAGAAUGACAAGGGCUUUAAUUUGACAACUUGAGUGUAUCAUUUCACUUAAUAUUUUUUACAAAAAAACAAAAAUUUGAAUUUUUUAUUUUGAUGGAAAAAAAAUAAUAAUUUUAUACCAAACCUCUUUAGAAAGUUGUGUACAAAGUUUCAUGAUGGUAUUCCAAUUGUAUCAUAUUGAAAGGAUUUUUUAUGUAAAUAAAUGCUUAUGGAAAUUCUGGUAAUUCAUUCCUUGUUAUCCUAAAUAAAAAUUAAUCUUUUAAACACUUGGUUUUAUUUAAAUUUCAUUUUACCCAUUUAUUUAAAAAUAAAAUUUAUUUUACUUUAGACUCAAGGGACAGUAGUAAAGUUCUCUUCUUUGCCAAAACUUUUGCUGCUUCGGCCAUCUCAUCUGUUGGAACUCGUAGGUUCUACCUUUUGCUGUAGUUGGAUUAGGUAAUGUUCACAGUGCUAAGGUAUCUAUCUGCUCUUCUAGGAUAUGUGAGUGAUGGCGAUGGUCUUUUGGGUGAAGAAGGAAACUCGCGAGAUUUGUUUCAACAUCUUUUUUUGAGUCAAUGCACCAACCAUCACUACUUAUCAUAAGCACAAGCGACAAAACCCACAAUUUCUUCAAAUGGAAUGUCUUCAUCACCAGAGCUGAUCUGUACCCUAUGUGUUUCUGAAUCAUUAGUAUAUUUUGGUUUUGACUCUAUUUAGAUCGAGAAGGAUAAAGGUAUGGGAUGUUUGAGUCCUAGGGAUUGCCACAGCUUUUUCAAACCUUGCUUUUAGAAGUUUUUCUUAAUUUAUAUACUCUUCAUUGGUUAGGUACAUAAAUAAAAUGUAAUGGAUGGAAAAUUUUUCACACCCCACUGAUAGUUUAAAAGGUGUUAAAUAUGGUUUUAUAAUGGAUUUUACUGUACCCCAAACUCCAUCGCAAACUCCCUUCUGAUGUGAUGUAGCACAAAAGUACCACUCAGCCUUAAUCAAAGUCCUCUUUGUGAUAGCAAAGAUUCAGAAAAUUCUUAAGAUUUUUGUACUGUGCAGCUGUAAAAUUUGGCAAAUAAUUUCUCAGAAAAAAUAGGAUUAACUUUUUCUGGAAAGCAUGAACAAUGACAGUAUUGUGUGUUAGGCAGUCUGAUAUAAAUACAAAACUGGUGAACUAGCUCUUGUUUUCCUGUUUCCUGAUAGCUUUUCUUGAAAUUGUAUACCACAAAAGGGUGCAAAGUACCAUAGUAGUGUUCCAAUGAAACCCUUGUAGAACAAACAAUUUUCGGCAAAAUCCAAUGUUACUACAGCUUAACUGUCUCAACAGAAUUUUUUUUUUUUCCAGAGAAAAACCUUGAUUGUUUAGCAAUAGUAGUGAUUUUUAAGGUUACUCAAUUGAUUGCCAAAUUCUUGAACAAACUCAUCAAAUAGUUUGGAAAAUGUUUCAAAAUAGCAUCAAUCAACAGUAGGUAAUUCACUUUUGUGACAUCAAUCAUUUAUAUUAUAUAUAUAUGUAUAUAUGUGUAUAUAUAAAUUAACAGGGAGUUUUAUGUAUUUUAAAAUUUGUUUCUGUAUCUAGAUGUACUUGUUCACAAUUGAAGGGAAAAUUCAGUUAGCUUUUUCUACUAUUUCAUGGAUUUCUGUUUUGUAUCAGCAUCCUGUUAUUUCGCACCUGCCUCUCUUAGUUUUAUUCCGUUCUCGCCUGGUCCAUUUCACCACUUCACCUCCUUUCCUCUUCAAACUGCUGAUCUGCAUGAUUUUCUGUAGCCAUCAGAAGUGCAAAGCAGGUCUUAUUUUAUGUGCCAUGUAGUGUUACAAACAUUUGUCAAUUAAGUUAAGUAUACCUUCAAUGAAUAAAUUCGUAAGUAUUAAGUUUUUUAUCUUACCGUUAAAGUUGCUUUAUGGCUGUGUGUUUCAGAUUAAAAGUUGUCUUAUCACACUGCUUUAUAUUUUUGUACUUUACAUUGAUUUUACCGUGAUAACUGGGAUUGUAUGUAUUAUGUUCAUGAUCAUAAUGCAUUCAAUAUCACCCAUAAUUUGAUUAUUAGAGAUGGGGCAAA